CAGUGACCUCAUGACUCCCUAUGCUUUCCCAAUCCAUCUACUGACUGCAUGAAUGUUUCUGCUGAAGUGAAGUAAACCUCUCAAGAAGCAUUAGAAUGAUCCAGCAUACAAAAAGAAGAAACAUAACAAUAGAGACAGCAGAAAGGAGAAUCCUAAACAUAUGAGCUCAACAAACAGAAGCGCAAUUAGCUACAGUGUCAACCACAAAUAAGUCUGUCUAUGAGCAUUAAUCCCAGCUGCAACCAAAUAUGACACUUUGGGGAAGAAAUGCAACUGUGUGGUGAGGCCAAUAUAAGGAGUUUAACCAGGGCGGCAGUGAGAUUAGGCCUAACAGAAUGGAGUCAUCUGACAAAUAAUAUUUGAGCAGACAAAGCCACUUUCAAGAAAAAAUGAAAUCACGUUGAGCCAAUGAAAAGAGAUGGAAUCAGGUGGCAGCGUCAAGAAAAUAUGUGAACAAAUAGAAGAGUGUAAUGAAAAUGGUGCCUUAUGUGAACGUUUUGCAGAAGACAUAAAUUCAAGCAGACGUUUGAACAUAUUUGAAGACUGGGCUGCAUCAUGAAGAAAAAGACAUGCUGCAUCCAUAAGGUGACAUCUAUUAAACAUCUGACCAAAAUGAAAAGGGUGUCACAAUAAACUACUACAAAAUGGGUGAGAGAGAGAGAAAGGGGAGACCAACUACAAGCACCUGAAAGAAGGCAUUUAAACAUGUGGGUUACAGCCAUGGACAGAUGAUGUUAAUAGAUUUACUGUAUAUCAUCUGCUGGUCAGUCACACCUAUUAUCUGUUUCUUUGUGUAAACUGCUGUGCACUUUGCAGCUAUUUCAUGUAACACUGAGCUCCAAGUCCUUUAUUUGCUUCCUUCAAUACACAUUAUGUCUACUAAAGUGUGAAAAUAAACCUGAACAAGCCUCUAUGGGGUCUGAGGUCUUCUCCAUUCUGUUCAUCCACCCACCCAUUUUCUUUUUUCCAUUAGUCUGGGCAAAUUUGAACUUAAAGGAAACAUUUUAUUCUCGUUGUUUAGCUUUGAUGCUCUGAUGCCUUCAUGCAUUGUCAUUCUAAUUGAGCACAGCGUGUGAAUACCUUGUUGAAUAUCUGAACUGUGACGGCCAUGGUACGUCUGAUAAGCAUGUGGUUUCUGUGGUUAAAGUUAUUUCUGUCUCUGAUAUUCCAUGCCUUUGGCAUAUCAGAUUUGAGGUAUUUGUGGUUUAUUUUCUAUCAUAUAAGAGCUGAAGCUUCUGCAUCUCAAGUGUAAUGAACUCAAGCACUGAUAAUAACGACAAUGAUUCGCUUUGCACUGUUUGUUCUUCUUAUGAUGCCCACAGUGACUCUUGAGAAGCUGGCCAAUGAAACAAAGGGUUAUGAAAAUGGACCUUUAGAAGAGAUGAUGGACAAGAAUGCUGAUGUGGACAUCUCCUUAUGCAAGAAGUGCAAAGAAAUAGUGAUGAAACUUCAAAAGACUGUGCAACCAGGAGAACGCAGGGAUCAGCUUAUUCAAGACAUACACAAAGUGUGUGACAAAAUGUCGUUUGUCAAAUCUGUGUGCAAAUCUCUGAUCAAAAAGUCCCUGGACUACAUAGUCAAAGCAUUGAAUGGUGAAAAUGCUCCUCAAACUAUCUGCCAGAAACUAAAGUUCUGCAAGAAAGAGGCCUGGGAUGAUUAUUAAGAAGGAGGUGUAACUGCUCAGGUCCACAUAUAUUUGUCAGAAGUCACCAGAAGUACGUGCUUAUGUAUACAAAACUUCUACGAUUGAGUCGUGUAUAAUAAAGUUUAUUUCAAUGCC